AUGACACCGCAGAGCACUGGAGUUCGACACGGCCGCAUUUCAACGCAGCCCGGCUCAAACUCGAAGAGAUGGAAUAGAGAAGAGCUUCGAACCACGGAGCCACGACGUCUUAAUUUGCGCGGCAAAAUCCAUCCGGUCUUCUCCAACUGGAAAGAUCUAAACCGAGAACUGCGCAGGGAAUUGAAGCAGCCGCUUCUCCUCGCGAGCAGGCUUUUGGAGGCCGCGGGACUUCCCUGGGCCUCCGACUUCCUCGCCCACGACGUCUUUGUGAGAGGCUACCCCGGCCGGAAACCGAGCUGCCGCUGCAGCUUUACGCAUUCCGCCGCGGCGCGCGCAGACGACAAUGAAAUGGCGCCGCGGACCGUCGUGAGGCACCACCGCGCCGUGUGGGCAUCGUCGCACCUCAAGGGCCGGUGGACGCGUGCUGCAGAAAGCAAGCUUAGGGGCGAGGUGUCGAGUUCUGUGAGGUGGGAGCUGGACGAGGACAUGUUCCGCGAGCGAGGGUGGGCCGGGUACACGUGCCGGCAUCCGCGCAACGGGCAGACGCUAGACGAGCUUGAUAGGUACGAGACGAUCCGGCGGUGGGAUAAGAAAUGCGAGGCCCGCGGCCGCAGGAACAUGUCGAUUCUGGUCACGGCUGAGUUCCCGAAGCGUCUGGCCCAGUUGAGGUGCGAGGGAAAGGGACAGGGCGAGGAGUAUCUUUUGACGGCGUUCAUGACGGCCAUCACGCUCUUGCAUGAGCUCGGUCAUGCUAUUUACUGGAAGGACUGUCGAGCUCUCACGCGAGACCUACGGGAGCCUUUUUAUGGCGCCGACCUCGAGAUGGAAUUAGGAGAUAGCUUCGUCGCAUCUAUCUUUGGCGGCUGGAUACCGGUACAGAUUAAAAAUAUCAUCCACACCAAGGAGACAUUGGGUUUCUCAGCCGGCAUCGCGUGGAAGCAGGUGCUAAGUUGGGAUUUCCACCGUCUACGGCCCAAGCAUCGCGCUCACUACUCGAUACCCGUUGACUACGUAUCCCGCUUAUUCUCCGAGGAAGACUGGCUAGCGUCGCGCAAGGAUCUCCGAAGCACCUUGAUCCGGCCUCAGACGCUCGAGCCGGCUCUCAAGGACGUCGGCAUAUGCGCCGAAGCCGCGGCGGGGGACAAGCACGCGACGGCCGCCGUGGCAGACUUCCACUACACGGGGCAGGGCUGGGUGUGGAACCGGCUCGCGGGGGCGCGGUUCCGCAUCCCGCAGUACGACGGCUACCUGUGCCCCGAUCUCGACCUCCCCAUCGCCACGGACGACGUGAUCGAAGAGCCCAAACCGCGGCCCCAGCUCAAGCCGUCCCCCAUGCCGCCCAUGCCCCCGCCCCUGCCGCCUCCGACGGCGAUAACGUCCGGCGAGAGCAUCCCGUCUAGCUCCCUUAGCAUCCAGGUUAAGCUAGACAUGUUCCCCCAGCCCCCGCGGAAGCCUUUUCCCAAGAACAAUAACAACAGCAAGAAGAAGAAACCGGGUCUGGUGCACGACCACAUAGAUAUAAUACAGAUGAAGAAGCAGACCCCGGGAUUCGUAAGGCUAGUUAAAGAAGAGCAGCAGCAGCAGCAGCAGCAGAAUCCGCUGAGCCCGGAUAAGUCGUCGGAGAUCUCGCUGGACGAGCUGCGGAGUCGGUUGUCGCAGCUGCUGGGGGUUUCGUUCGACGAGCUUGAGAGGUUCUUGGAAGCUCCCCGGUGUGUGUAA